UCUUAUUGACCCAUUAAAUGAAUUAUAUGCGUCACGUUCAGACUGAUCAGUCCAUGGUAUGAUCAGCUACGGCCCGACCAACACUCCAAUUCCGUGUUAUACCAUCUUCCAAAGGCCCGCCGUUUCAGUUCCCACUCAUUCAUCGGACAGGAGUCACGUUACGUCAUUUGGAAGACUGUGAAGUCAGAUGAGUCGUCUUCCAUGAUCUUUCUUCCAUGGACUUCGAGUGCACGUCAUCUGAACUGGAGGAAUCUGUUGCAGUUUGCACCGGCAGCAGCACCUCACCUUGUCUUCAUAAGCUGCUGAGAACUCCCUCUUGCACCACACAGACCACAGAGCUUAGCUACAAUGGAGUCCCCGUCGUUUCUUGCUUUCCUGCACCUGUUGUUCUCCCUUCUCCUAGCUCUCCCACUGGCUCAAGCUUCUCCAAUGUCCCAAGCACAUGCUCUCCUCCACUGGAAAUCCUCUCUCCGAGGCCCAACACCAAGAGCUCUGCAGUCCUGGAACAUUGACACACACAACACCACCACCGCCAGCCCAUGCCACUGGUUUGGGAUCACGUGCACCAAUGGGCUAGUCACCAACGUGAGCGUCCUGCGAGCUGGCCUGGCCGGCACGCUCGACACACUCGACUUCACCGCCCUCCGAUCCCUCACCGUCCUCCGCCUCCGCCGCAACUCGCUCUUCGGCGCCAUCCCCGCCGCCAUCGCCAACCUCUCCAGCCUCGCCGAUCUCGAUCUCUCCCACAAUCGCUUCUCCGGCGAGCUCCCUGCCUCACUGGCAGUCCUCUCCGGCCUCGUGAAGCUCGACCUUUCUGCCAACCAAGUGGGUGGCAAACUCUCAUCGGCGGCCGUCGCCAACUGGACCAGGCUGACACACCUACAGCUUCAAUUCAAUCGACUCACUGGAACCAUUCCCGACGAGAUCCGGUACUUAUCCAACCUUCGUGUUCUUCGUCUCUACAAGAAUCGAUUAAGUGGCUCCAUACCACAUCAAGUUGGUGAGCUUACGAACCUGGUUGUGCUAAAUCUGAACACCAAUAACCUGACAGGCUCUAUUCCUCCAUCUAUAGCCAAUCUAACAAAGAUAAACUCCAUCUCUCUCUACCAUAACACUUUGUCUGGUCCCAUUCCUUCUUGCCUUGGAAACUUGUCACAGCUCAAACUCCUGUACCUCCUCAACAACGGCAUCAAUGGUCCAAUUCCUCAUGAAUUCGGCAAUCUGGUCAACAUGGAGGAUCUCAGGCUGUCAGAGAAUCUCUUAACAGGCACCAUCCCUUCUAGUUUAGGGAACCUAACAAAUGUAGAGACUCUGUACAUCUACAUGAACGAGCUAUCUGGGCCAAUACCACCAGUUCUUGGGAGACUGUCCAUGCUUAAAUCUUUGUCAUUGAACUUUAAUCAACUCUCAGGAACCAUUCCUCAUGCACUAGGAAAUUUGCUGAGCCUGGAAGAUCUGGUAGUCUCCAAGAAUCAGUUAUCUGGUCUGGUUCCCCCAUCUUUUGGCAACCUGACGAGGCUGACAGACCUGGAGAUCUUCCAGAAUCAGCUCUCAGGUCCUUUGCCUCAAGAACUAGCGAACCUCACCAACAUCUCUCAGCUGCAGUUGAGUAGCAACGACUUCUCAGGCCCUUUACCUCCAGAUGUAUGCAAGGGAGGAAAACUCGAGUAUUUCAGCGCGAAUGAAAACCAUUUCGAUGGUCCGAUAUCGAGAAGCUUGAGGAACUGCACCAGUCUGGUAAGGCUUCAACUGAGCAAUAACCAUCUCACAGGUGAUGUCUCCCAAGUCUUCGGAGUGUACCCUAAUCUGGACUUUAUUGAUCUAAGCGACAAUAGAUUCUCCGGCGAACUCUCGACGAACUGGGUCAAGUGUCCAAACUUGGCCACUCUGCACAUGUCAGGCAACAUGAUCACAGGAAGAAUACCUCCCCAGUUUGGCAACAUAACUCAGUUGGCAUCACUUGAUCUAUCUUCUAAUCAGAUAGUUAGAGAGGUGCCAAAGCAACUGGGUGGUUUAACUUUGCUGCUGAAUCUGAAUCUAAGCAAUAACCUAUUGUCAGGGAGAAUACCAUCAGAGAUCGGAAACUUGUCUAGCUUAGCCACUCUUGAUCUCUCUAACAACCACCUUACUGAGACCAUACCCAUGCAAAUAGGGCAGUGCCUUAGACUCCUUGACCUGAGGUUGAGUGCAAAUGAGCUGAAUGGAAGCAUUCCUCUGGAGAUUGGGAGGCUAGUGAACAUCCAAGAGAUGCUUGACCUCAGUCAUAAUUCUCUCACAGGGACCAUCCCAAGUGACAUUGGCAGGCUUGAUAAGCUGGAAAACCUGAACCUCUCUCACAAUGGACUUUCCGGUCCCCUUCCAUCGAGCUACAGUGACAUGCAAAGCUUGUUAACCUUUGAUGUGUCGUACAACAACUUGGAAGGGCCAAUUCCUGAGAAUCGAUUCUUGCGGAAUGCGCAGGUAGAAUGGUUUGAGCACAACAAAGGCUUGUGCGGCAAAGUGCUUCAUUUAUCUCCAUGUCCACAACCUGCAAGCCGCCAUGGUUCAAACAAGCGCCACAAAAUAGUUCUUGCAAGUGUGCUUCCUCCAGUGGUGCUUCUUUUCCUCGUGAUUCUACUCGGAUUGAUCAUUACACUCCGCGUUCGACGGAAAAAUUUGAAGGAAAACAACACGGAAGCCUCCGCUAAGGAUCUACUUUCUGCGUUGGAUUUUGAUGGAAAGGUUCUGUAUGAUGAAAUCGUCGAAGCCACAGAAAACUUUGAUGAGAAGUACUGUAUUGGGGUGGGAGGAUAUGGCAGUGUCUACAAAGCACAGCUCCGUACAGGCCAGGUAGUAGCUGUUAAGAAGCUUCAUUCUUUAGACGAUGAGAGAGGCUUCAGGAGUGAGAUUGAGGCCCUGACCAAGAUACGGCAUCGUAACAUCGUGAGGUUUUAUGGCUUCUGCUCUCAUGCUCGGUGCAUGUUUCUCAUCUAUGACUACAUUGAGAAGGGCAACUUAUCGACCAUUCUGAGCAGUGAAGAAGUAGCCAUCGAACUGGACUGGAGUAAGAGAGUAUGCCUCAUCAAGGAUGUGGCCAAUGCUUUGUCCUACAUGCACCAUGAUUGCAGUCCGCCUGUCGUGCACCGAGACAUAUCGAGCAAGAACAUUCUGCUGGAUUCAGAGCUCAAGGCUCGUGUUGCAGACUUUGGCAUUGCAAGGUCAGUGAAUCCGGAUUCGUCGAAUUGGAGUGAGCAUGCAGGCACACCCGGAUACAUGGCACCAGGUAAAAAAUCCCUAUAAGAACAUCUUAAUUUUCUGCUGAGCAUGUUGUCUAAGAUACGAUGUGGCUACCUGAAUCUUCUCCUCUGAUCAUGCUGCAGAGCUUUCUUACACCAUGAAGAUCACCGAGAAGCAUGAUGUGUAUAGCUUUGGCGUGGUGAUUCUGGAAGUGCUGCAAGGGAGGCAUCCUGGGGAGCUCAUCUCCGCUCGGCCAUCAGAUGGUCAAAAUAUAUUGCUCAUGGAUCUACUGGACCAACGUAUCCCACUCCCAAAACCGGAGGAAUCAAAUGCUGUGAUGUUGGCUGCAAAGCUUGCGCUACAAUGCAUCAGCAUCAGACCGCAGUCUCGACCAAGCAUGCAACAUGUAUCUCAAGCACUUGAUGCUGGCAAGGUUGAAGCUACUCGGCAGCCUUUUCACACAGUUCAAUUGCAUCAGUUGAUGAGGUUCACAUGAAAUAAAGCAUUGGAAGAUUGCAAGCAUGACAGAACUUUGGCAUUUUUAUACUAGCAUAUAUAUGUAGAUUUUCUUCGCUUUGCAUGUAUAUCAUACAUUGUAAGGGUCAGUUGCAUGGAAGAUUUGGGAUUUUUAUUCCUUGAUAUACAUUGUAAGGGUCAUUUUUAUACUACAAUCACAAUGCAUCACUUUGCAUGAUCACAUGGAACUUUGGCAUUUUUAUUCCGUGCAUGUCUCAUCUAUUAUCAUGUUUUACCAUAUGUAAGUAUGAUCCAAAAUAAAUGCAACAAAAUAUUACCUCAGAUAAACCAAGUGCAAAUUAUUUGUAUUUUCUCU